CCCCCCCCACCCCACACACACACACACACACACACACAACCACCACCCGGACGCCCACACCUCCGGACCGGAUCCUCUGGAGCAGCCGCUGGGUUCGGGGAUGAUGAAUCCGUGUCCCGGUGCCUGAGAUGAGGAUCGGACGACGUCUCCUCCUCCUCCGGUGACACCGCGCUGCCCGUUACGUUACGUUUCCGUUCCCGUUACAUGAGAUGAGUCCGUUACCGCCGGAGCUGAAGUGAUCAGAUCGGUGAUUCGCUCCGGACCGAACAGAUCCAGGCUCCAGCCUCACACACACACACACACACACACACACACACACACCGUCCGUCUGCUGGCAAACUGUUGCUGAUUUCCACUGUAAAUGAAUCUAGUAAGGUUUAUGAACAACCGCGUUCCUCCUAACAAGAGAUACCAGCCCACAGAAUAUGAGCACGCUGCCAACUGUGCUACGCAUGCGUUAUGGAUAAUCCCCAGCCUGCUGGGCAGCUCCCUGUUGCACCUCCAUUCAGAGGACCAAUGGGAGCGGUUGUCGGCCUGGGUGUACGGGGCGGGGCUCACCUCGCUCUUCAUCAUCUCCACCCUGUUCCACACUGUGGCCUGGAAGAAGAGCCACUUACGGUCCGUGGAGCACUGUUUCCACAUGUGUGACAGGAUGGUGAUCUACUUCUUCAUCGCUGCCUCCUACGCCCCAUGGCUGAACCUGCGGGAGCUGGGUCCUUGGGCGUGCCACAUGCGCUGGUUGGUGUGGGUCAUGGCCUCUUUUGGUACCACCUACGUCUUCUUCUUCCAUGAGAGGUACAAGAUCAUGGAGUUGAUCUGCUACACAGUGAUGGGUGUUUUUCCAGCCCUGGUCAUCCUCUCAAUGCCGGAGCAGUCGGGCCUGUGUGAGCUUCUGGUGGGCGGAGCCUGCUACUGUCUGGGGAUGGUCUUCUUCAAAAGCGACGGCAUUGUCCCGUUCGCUCACGCCAUCUGGCACCUGUUUGUAGCUAUGGGAGCAGCCAUACACUACUACGCCAUCUGGAGGUACCUCUAUGCCCAGCCGCCCAAUCAGGUUCAGACCUCCAGAUGACAUCAGCAGUGACCUCACGGGGGGCAGCUCCUGUGUUUGCGCGACAACACUGAGAUGAUGGGAGCUGUGUUCAGAUUCAGGGGUUGCCUCGCUUGGAGGAUAGAUGGGCGACCAUGUGCCUCCUCCCCCCCAAAUAAUACAGUCUAACCUCACACAGACCAAAACUGAUGCUGCGUUCAAGUGUUCCUCGUUAACCCGUAGAGUCAAAUAUGUCCGUGUUUAUCCCUGAGAACUAGUGAAAAACAGUGAUAAUACUUGACCGUGUUCGAUGAUUACAGCCACAUCACUUUAAUUUAACAGGCAACGCUCUGUUUACCAUCAUCUACAGAGUGUUAACAAGGAUGAAUAGUGUAGUGUACGCCUGGCGUCCAUUAUUUCAUAGGCAUGGGUUUGGUUUCAGAUGCUUUCUGCAGUAUCAGUAAAGCAAGAAAAAUAAUGUGAAAUUUCUGUUUUAUUAAUGCAAAUCCCUUAAAAUCCUUUUAAGUUUUAUUGAUGGGUUUUGCUGGAUUUGCAAAAACGUGCUACCGCCUUAUCUU